AUGGCAUGUUCAUCAAUUGGAUAUUCAAAACGCCGCCUUCAUGCUUUUUUGAGUGAAGAUGUAUACAUGAAGCAAUCGGCUGGUUUUGUUGAUUCGCAGUAUCCCAAUCACGUUUUCAAGCUGCAAAGGUUCCACGUUGCAUUUGACGCAAAGAAAUAUGCCUCUGACCUUCUUACUCGUACUGGUUUUGUAGAUUGCAAGCCUAUAUCUACACUAUGUAUUUCUGGUCAGAAAUUGAGUCUUCACUGUGGUGAGCCUCUUUUGGAUCCUUCUGAAUAUCGCCAAGUUGUGAGUGCCUUACAAUAUCUCACUCUUACUCGGCCGGACUUGUCUUUUAAUGUGAACCAAGUCUGCCAGUUCAUGCAUUCACCUACAAAAGUGCACUGGCAGGCAGUGAAAUGCAUUUUGCAGUAUUCGAAGGCCACAUAUGAUCAUGGGCUUCGGUAUCAACCUGGCAAACUAGAAUUAAAUGCUUAUUUUGAUGCUAACUAUACAAGGGAUCUUGAUACAAGACAUUCUAUUGGUGGUUUUUGUGUCUAUUUUGGUUUUAACUUAAUUUCCUGGAGGUCAAAGAAGCAGAAGACUGUGGGAACCUAA